CUGUGCUACUAGUACUUGCUUGAUCUGUGCUGAUGUCAUUUAUCUUGUACUCGUGAUUUGAAUUUAUUAUUGUUUUUGACAAAUUCUUCUCAUUUUAUUAAUUUACAUCAGUAUAAACUGUUAAAUAUGAAUCUCCUCACCUAACUAGACUAGAUUAUAGAUUAUCUAUCAUCAAAUAUCAUCUUCAAACAUUAAUAACUUAUAAAAAUUUCAGAGCUAUGGAUCAAGCUAAUACAAAGAAUGCCUCGGAAGGCAUAGUGCCAUUGGGGAUAUCAGCACUGAAUGAUUCACUACUGAACCAGCCAGAGCCUCGAUAUGAAUGCCCGAUAUGCUAUCAUUGGCUAAGAGACCCAGUCAUCACCACCUGUGGACACAAGUUCUGUAGAAGCUGUAUAUUACCUUGGAUCCAGAACAGUGGUCAUUGUCCACUCGAUAACGUAAACUUAAGCAUGAAGGUCGACAUCUUUCCUGACAACUACACCAAGCGGGAGAUAGAAGUUCAGAGACUGAAUUGCCCCAAUAUUAACAAAGGUUGCACAGCAAAAGUCAGUCCCCUGGAGUUCGAAUCGCACAUAGAGUCAUGCGAGUACAAUCAGCCGCAGACGUCCUCGCAGCCCGACGUCCGCGUGCCGUGCUCGUUCCACGGCGUCGGCUGCAAGGAGACAUUUGGCAGCGAAAAUGACAUGAGCGAACAUUUGAAUAACGAUACGCAGAAACAUUUGAGUUACCUGGUGAACGCGUACUCAGAGCUGAAGAUGAACAACGAUAUGUCGAACGCGAACAUAGAUGCCAAAGAGCAGGAGGCGAUGGCGCUGUGGGACGCGCCCGACAAGAACAACCCGCAGGCCUCCACCGCGCCGCUCAACAACACGAGCGCCCUCAUCAGAUCAGUUUUCGAACGAGUAGUAAUACUAGAACAGAGGAAUCGCGAGCAGGCGAUCUGUAUCGCCAACUUGACUAAGAAAGUGGACGCGCUGACGGCACUGACCAAUUAUAACCAUGUGCGAUACUGCAUGGGCAACUAUAUAUGGAAAAUAGAAAACUUCAAGGACAGACUGCAGAAGAUGAUGCAAAACUACAAUAGCAUGCUUUACAGUCCUGCUUUUUAUACAUCGCCCUAUGGAUACCGAUUUUGCGUCCGGCUCAACAUAUCACCGCAGAACCCCAAGUGCUUCGCUCUUCACGUGCACAUGAUGCGCUCAGAAUACGACGACUGCCUCGAGUGGCCGUUCAACGGUCGCAUAUCGGUUGCCAUGAUCAACCAGUACAACUCGGAGCUUACGCAGAAGGACACCAUGAUGUCCAUAUCCCAUCUGAUAGCAUUCCAGAAGCCCACCUCCGACAUUUGCCCCAGAGGAUUCGGGUUCACCGAGUACGCAGUCAUUGGAGAUGUUGUCGAUAACGGUUUUGUAAAGAAUGACACGUUAAUCAUCAAGGUGCAGAUACGAUGUGUAUGACAAAGGGAAUGAUUUUAUUUUUUUAUUUUCAGGAAAUAA